AUGGAACCUAAUGAUGCAGAAAACUUCAAAUUUUUAGGAAAUUCCGAUCUGCUAGAAGAAAUCAUAAAGUUGGAUUCACCUCAAGAAAUUUUCAAGUUCUUGUUCACGGAUGAGUUGAUUGAUAUGAUUGUUGAGCAGUCCAACCUAAAAUCUAUUCAGGACAACGCUGAUAAGCCAGCAAACAUAACCAAAGAAGAGAUUGAGCAAUUCAUUGGCAUGGUAAUUUUCAUGUCUUGUGUAAAGUUGCCGUCAACGAGACUAUAUUGGUCAAAACAUGUUGGCCAGCAGCAAGUUUAUGAAACAAUGACUUGUAACAGAUUUGAUGCGAUUAAGAAGAAUUUGCAUUUCAAUAAUAACGAAAACUUUAAGUCCCGUGGCACAGAUGGUCACGACAAACUUUUCAAAGUUAGACCAUUGUUGGAUAAGAUUCGUGAACGUCUGCUGCUGGUUCCAAAAGAGGAGUACUUAGCCGUAGAUGAGCAAAUUAUUCCCACCAAAUGUCGUCAUGAAAUAAAGCAAUACAAUCCAGCAAAACCUCACAAAUGGGGAUAUAAAAAUCAGGUUCUAAGUGGUGUGUCAGGAUUCAGCUACGACUUUGACAUAUUUGCUGGAGACCAAAGCAAUACUUUUCCGUCAGAUGCACCUGAUCUUGGAGUGAGUUCGAAUGUUGUGACCAGACUUGCUUCCAUAGUACCAAAGCAUCAAAACCAUAAACUCUGGUUCAACAAUCCUAACCUGCAAGUUUAUUUGUUUCAAAAUGGUAUACUGCCACUGGGAACUGUCAGGCUUAACCGCGUGUCGAACUCGAAUAUACCUACUGAAAAGGAUCUAAAAAAGAAGGGACGAGGAAGUAUGGAAGAGAAGACAGCUGUCAUAGACGGCGUGAAGCUGAGUUUAGUGUCCUGGUUUGAUGAUAAACUCGUAAAUAUGCUCUCAGCUUACGUAGGCAGUGAACCGACAACAACAAACAGCGGUAUGUUCGAAAAGAAAAACAGUACAAGGAUAUAA